GCAAUCAGAUAGCAAUCAGCAAUCAAUGGAGAAUGAAAACAAACACUUUCAAAGAGGAUUUUAUUUAAGAACAGACAGAAGAUCUUCGUGAUUAUUCAUUUUGGAAAGUAAAAUUUUUAAAGUAAUGUUUAGAUUGCUGAAGCUUGUGCAAACAGUGAAAAUGGAUUCACUGUCUGUUGAAGAGCCUUCUUGCAGUGUACACCGUGAGAAACUCGAUUUCUUCUGUCUGGAGGACAAACAGCCUGUGUGUUUAGUGUGCAGAGAUUCACAGAAACACGACAAUCACACAUUCAGACCCAUCAGUGAAGCCGUUUCAUCAUAUAAGGAGGAGCUCAAAACAACACUGAAGUCCUUACGAAUUAAAAUUACACAAGGAGUGAAAAUGAGAGAAGAGUUUGAGAAAACAGUUCAACACAUCAAGUCUCAAGCUGAUCACACAGAACGUCAGAUUAAACAGCAGUUUGAGAAGCUUCAUCAGUUUCUCAGAGAUGAAGAAGAAGCUACAAUCACUGCACUGAGGGCAAAAGUCCAGAUCUCAUCACAGCCGGAUCCACAGAUGCCUUCUGGAGCUUUGAUUGAUGUGCCGCGUUACUUGGGCAACCUGCCCUUCAGAGUCUGGAAGAAGAUGCAGGACAUCGUCCAGAACACUCCUGUGAUUCUGGAUCCAAACACUGCAAACCCACGUCUCGUCCUGUCUGAUGAUCUGACCAGUGUGAAAGACAGCUUAUUAAACAGUCAACCUCUUCCUGAUAAUCCUGAGAGAUUUGACUAUUAUUCCUGUGUUCUGGGUUCAGAGGGUUUUAACUCAGGAAUAUAUUGCUGGGAUGUGGAGGUUAAUGAGAGUUUAUGCUGGAGUAUUGGAGUAACUACAGCAUCAAACCAAAGGAAGGGACGGGAUUUCUUUAAUACUGAUGUCUGGAGUGUGUGGUAUGGAUUGUGUGAACCGUCUGGUUUCCCUGUUGAACAGGAUCUUGAUCGUCUGAGAGUUCAUCUGGACUAUGACAGAGGAACAGUGUCGUUCUCUGAUCCUGUAACUAACACACAUCUACACACAUUCACAACCACCUUCACUGACACCGUCUUGCCAUUCUUCUGUAGUAUUUACCAUUUGAGGAUCUUACCAUAUAGUUAUGGUACUGUAAUAGUCCGUAAACGUUACACCUGUAGCUCUGAAUCAGUGGGAGUGCAGUGAAAUAAAAG